AUGGUGCAGGUGCAGCGGGAGGUGGACGACACCGUCCAGGAGGCCAGGAACGCAGAGGAGAAGGCAAAGAAGGCCAUCACUGAUGUAAGUCCUCAUAAUAUGUGACCUAUUCCAGUGUUCCAGAAAACAUAUCUCAGAGACUUGGAUUCUUGGGUAGCACUGUCCUCCUGCCCUCAUCACCCCAAUCCUGUUUAUCUACAUUCCACGCUCACCUGGAGAGGAUGAAGAAGAACCUGGAAGCUACAGUCAAGGACCUGCAGCAUCGUCUGGCUGAGGCUGAGAACCUGGCCAUGAAGGGUGGCAAGAAGCAGCUACAGAAACUGGACUCCAGGGUGAGUUAGCAGGGACUCAUUCUGAAGAAUGAGAUGGAUGCCAAGCAGAAGAGAGGUAGAGAUGCCGUCAAGGGAGUCCGCAAAAAUUAGCACAGGGUCAAGGAGCUCACUUACUGUACCAUGUAAAAGGGACACACCAUCAUAAACCCUUAACCAAGACUGGCGUUUGUAGUCUGGAUCUGAGUGUGGGCAGUGAUACAUGGAUGUUCUCCCCCCAGACUGAGGAGGAUAAGAAGAACAUCAAUAGACUUCAGGACCUGGUGGACAAGCUGGAGCUGAAGGUCAAGGCCUACAAGAGUCAGGUGGAGGAAUCUGUGAGUAACAAAACUUCUGAGACCAUAUCUGGAAGUUCUGUCUGACUGUUCUAAUGUUGAGCUGUCCUGAUAAACCCCUGGUGUUGUUCCUCUAUCCCCUAACCCAGGAGGAACAAGCCAACCAGCACAUUUCCAAGUUCUGUAAGGUUCAGCAUGAGCUGAAGGACACUGAGGAGCACGCUGACAUUGCUAAGUCCCAGGUCAACAAACUCAGGGCCAAGACCCACAACUCCAGAAAGGUACAGAGCUGCUGA